AAUCAAUGAAUAGAUUGAGAUUCUUUCCUCCUGUAACCAAAGAGAGAGAAAAGAAAGCAUCAUGACAUGACUCCAUAGUUGACCGACCCCAACAACAAAUCUAAACACAGAAAGAACCCUAGCCCUCACGGCAUUUUUACACAGAAUUAGUGAGACUGAGUAAGAGCAAUUCUGGAAGAAUUUUUUGGAACUUUCUGAUCUGGGUAUCCAUCUUACAAUCACCAUUUCCUUUUUCAUGUCCCUUUUUUUACUCUAAGUAGCAUUGAUGACUCCGCUGCACUUUCCUCACUUCAGUACCAAAUCAACAAAAAGGCAAGAUCUUCAAUGACCCAUUAACCCAAACUAUCUCAAAAUCCAGAAUUUAGCUACACCCACUUCUCAAAAUCCUUCCAUUUUGUGUUUAUCAAUACACCCAUAUGCUCCACUAACAGCUACUACUAUUUUCAUCAUCAAUGGGUGCUGAGAAGAAAUGGCUCUUCACCCUAUUCACUGCAGCAUUUCUCUCCCUCAUCAUUCUCAUGCUCACUUCCUUCUCUUGCUUCACCUCCCCCAAGCCUUUCCCUUCUCUUGUCCAGCAAGGAGCUCACUAUCCCCCUGCAUUUGCCUACUUCAUAGCUGGUGGGAACAGAGACAAGAACAGGAUAUUUAGGUUGUUGCUGGCUAUCUAUCAUCCGAGGAACCGUUACCUGCUUCACCUUGGAAUGGAUGCUAGGGAUGAAGAGAGGCAUGAGCUGGCUGCUGCAGUUAUGUCGGUGCCGGCAAUUCGGGCUUUUGGAAAUGUUGAUGUGGUGGGGAAGGCUGAUUAUGUGACCUACUUGGGGUCCUCCAAUGUUGCCAUCACUCUGAGGGCUGCUGCUAUCAUGAUGAAAUUGGAUGGUGGAUGGAAUUGGUUUGUCACAUUAAGCGCGCGAGAUUAUCCCCUCAUCACCCAGGAUGAUCUGUCCCAUGUUUUUUCUUCUGUUCGGAGGGACCUCAAUUUCAUUGAUCACACCAGUGACCUUGGAUGGAAGGAAAGUGAUAGAUUCCAGCCUAUUGUAGUUGAUCCAGCAAUAUAUUUAGCUAGGAGAAGUCAGAUUUUCCAAGCUACACAGAAGCGGGAGACACCUGAUGCAUUCAAAAUCUUCACAGGUUCUCCAUGGGUCAUCUUGAGUCGAUCCUUCCUCGAGUUCUGCAUUUUCGGCUCGGACAAUCUACCUCGAUCGCUCCUGAUGUAUUUUACAAAUGUUAAGUUAUCCCAAGAAGGUUAUUUUCACUCAGUCAUUUGCAACGCACCAGAAUUCAAGAACACAACGGUCAACGGUGACUUGCGGUAUAUGAUCUGGGACAAUCCUCCGAAGAUGGAACCACACUCCCUAAAUGUAUCUGUUUACAAUCAGAUGGUAGAAAGUGGGGCUGCUUUUGCUAGACAGUUUGAUGUUGAUGACCCUGUACUGGACAUGAUUGAUGCGAAGAUCCUCCGGCGCGGGCGUAAUCGAGCUGUGCCGGGAGCGUGGUGCUCUGGCCGGAGGAGCUGGUGGGUAGAUCCAUGUUCCCAGUGGAAUGACGUCAAUAUUCUGAAGCCAGGUCCUCAGGCUAAGAAGCUUGAGGAGUCUGUUUCAAGUCUUCUUGAUGACUGGAGCUCACAGAUCAAUCAAUGUCAGAAUUCAAGUGAAGAGACACAAGAGUAGAAACAUUUAAGGAAGCUCUUAAGUGUGUUGCACUCUGAUCCAUGGACCAGUAAAAGUUGCAUUUUACUGAGAGAACAUUCUCAGGUCGCCAAUGUUCAUAUCACCAUCGUUGGAGUGGUGAAGAAGGGAAUAUGCUUAAGUUUUUGGCUGGGGGAUUAAUAUUUCUGAUGGAUUCUCCUAAAGCUUCAAUCCACUUGAUUGGUUAAGAGUAUAUCCUCCUGCUUCCAAUUUUUGUUCAUGUAUGUUCUGUAUGUUUCCUCAUCCACAUUGGGAUUUCGACUCUUAGAACAGAAAGUCCAUUCUUUAUAUGAUUGUCAUUUUCAAUGUUCUUCUCACUCUUUGCCUCUUGCAUAGUUAUCAAAUCGUAAUCCAAAUCAUGAAUCUUGAAGUUAAUUAUUGAA